UGUCAGUUUAAUUGAUGCUGCAGCUAACAGCAAAGUUGUCUUCGGAACCGCGAAGAAAGGCGGACUGGGUCUUCUUUUCUGGCAUUUCAAUGUUGUCGACCUUCUGCUGGUGGUUUUCACAGAGGUCGAGAUGAAUCUAGAUUUAAGCGCUGAAUCCCGUCUGAAGGAGAAGAAACAGCGGAGUUCGCCUGCAAAAUCCCUUUAAAAGCGUCAGCGGUUUGUUUUUAGCUUCGUCUGUUUUUGCCAGAGGUUCGGUUAGUCGUCGGUUUUAAGCGAGUUUACGCCGUGAAAUCAUGGCGUUCUUCGUGAAAAAGAAGAAAUUCAAGUUUCAGACCCAGCUGACCCUGGAGGAGCUGACCGCUGUGCCUUUUGUCAACGGGGUUCUGUUCUGCAAACUGCGGCUGCUGGACGGAGACUUUGUCGCCACUUCUUCCAGAGAGGAAGUUCAUGAGAACUGUGUCCGCUGGAGGAAGAGGUUCACCUUUGUGUCGAAAAUGAGCGCCAACCCUCACACCGGGGUGCUGGAUCCGUCCGUCUGCAGGGUGUCCGUCAGGAAGGAACUGAAAGGAGGAAAAGCAUAUUCAAAGCUGGGCUUCACAGACCUCAACAUGGCCGAGUUUGCCGGUUCCGGCUCCACGGUGCGCUGCUGUCUGCUGGAGGGAUACGACACCAAGAACACGCGGCAGGACAACUCCAUCCUGAAGGUAAUCAUUGGAAUGACUCUUCUUUCUGGAGAUCCGUGCUUCAAAACCGCUCCAAGCACAGCAAAGUCCAUCUCCAUCCCCGGACGGGAACACACCCUGCAGCUGGACUGCAAGGGGGAGGGGACGGCCGAGGGAACCGGGCCAGCUGGAGGGGUUUCUCUGGGCCGGGCCUCCAAGCCUCGGCCUUCCAUCAUCAGCUCGGGCCUGCUGGACGACUCCGAGCCGAACCAGAACCAGUCCGGUCCGGGAGAAGUCUUCCAGUCUGGUCAUUCUCGUAACUCCAGCUACGCCAGCCAGCAGAGCAAAAUCUCAGGCUACAGCACUGAGCACUCCUGCUCCUCCAGCCUGUCGGACCUCACGCAUCGCAGGAACACCUCGACAGGAAGCAGCGCCUCCGGAGGCCUCUGCUUCACCACCGACCCGCCACCAGAGGGCGACAAGGAUGCUGGACGUCCGGAGAGACCCCCUCGACCCCCACGGCCCGUUCUGCCCCCGAACCGACCUCUGAGGAGGAAGCAGGACUCGGUGGAGAGCCACCCCACCUGGGUCAACGACACCCGCAUCGAUGCCGACGACAUCGUGGAGAAAAUCGUCCAAAGUCAAAACUUUGCAGAUAUCAACAACACCGAAGACAGCAACCUGCGCCUGUUCGUCAGCAGAGACGGAACCACGGCGCUCAGCAGCAUCCGACUGGGAAACAGGGUUUCUGCCGGUGGCUACGAGCCGGUGGUGAUCGAGAGCCACUAACCGGCCACCUGCUGUCUCACUGGUUUUACUGGAGCUUCAGCUGGUCUGACGCCAUGAGAGGAAAGCCUACGUCCGUUUGCACUUUAUGUCCAGUUUGUUGCAGCGUUGGCCUGCGCUCUGUUAAAGCUGUAUCUUUGUGAUGUUGAAGGGAAUGCACAAAAUGCUCCUCACUGUGUGUGAAUAUGUUGCAGGGAUUUCCAAUGAAGACGUUCAGAGGUUUCAGAUAUCAUCCAUUUUGUCUGCAGCUUGUUGUUAAAACUGAAAGACGAUAAAUAAGAUCAGAAAAUGUCAAGAGAGGAACAAUCGACUGUUUAACAGAAUAGGAAAAAAACAGCCACCAAAAUAGUUUGUCUCCUGUCGACAGGAAAACUUUCUCUAAUUUUUUGUGUUUAAUAAAUCAGGAGUGCAGUUCUGUGACCCGAUGAGAGGUCAGACAAAAAGCUCAAUCCGCAGAUUUAAAACUGACAGUUCAGCGUUUUUCCAGCGAUUUCUCCUCGCUUUGGUCAGGAAACCUUGUUGCUUUUCUUGCAGCCGAAACGUUGCCACUAUGUUUCCUACAGCGGAGUAUCAGGGCCAUCGUAGAAA